UUCGCAAUUUGCGUGGUGCUUCAGAUUUCCUUGGGAUAAAUUAUUAUACGUACGAACGUAUAACAUCAGUCACCGACAUCGAUGUUAAAGUUGUGCGUUUCGAAUCCGAUUACGGGGUGACAUUAACAGAAGAAACACAAUUUAGGGAUGCACCAUCAAUGCUGGGGAAAGUAUUACAGCGCAUAAACGAAGAUUAUCAUCCCACGAUUUACAUUACCGAAAAUGGUUUUCCUGAAUCCGCUUUAGAGGACAAAGCUAAGGUAGCAUACCUGCAAGGACACCUCGCAGAAGUAUUAAAAGCCAUACGGAAUGGCGUCGAUAUUCGAGGUUACCUGUUGUGGACGUUGAUGGAUAGCGUCGAACAAUAUUAUGAUACUCAAACAAAAUUUGGUCUUUUCCACGUAGAUUUUAAUCAUCCGAAUCUCACUAGAACUCCGAGACUGUCGUCCAAAUUUAUAACUCGUGUUUACCAAACACGACGUCUACAUUAAGCAGCCUGAUAUUAAGCUCCGUUAUGAAUAUUGAAAAUAAUUAAUAAUAUAUUAUGUAAAAAAAUAUGUAAUAAUUUAUGACAUCA